AUGCUUCCCAUCACCCGGAGACUGACGACGGCACCUCUAAGAACAAUCCAUGUGGGAUUUAGAUUCAAAACUACAGCAGCAUAUGAUAGCGCAAUCCAGGCCCUCAGACAGGACCUGAAAACCAGCAUUCGUAUGAAAGCAGACGUCUUUGAAAGAAACGUGAUCAAAAGCAUCUUGACUGAGGUCAAGAACCUUGAAGUUGCUAACGCCGGGAAAGAUCAAGACGAAUUUCAGCUAUACGAUCUGCUAGCCAAGAUGAUAAACCAGCGGAGAAAAACUGCUGAAGAGUACCUGAAGGAAGGUGCGCCUGAUCGGUUUCAACAAAUGGGGCUGAACGAGCUCAGAGAGAUUCCAUACAUCGAGAAGUAUAUGAAGGAGCUUCCAGUAGCUUCAGAAAGUGAGGUUGAGGCUAAAGUGGAAGCGAUUGCCAAAGAGUUGCAGAAGGGUGAAGGACUAAGUAGUCCAAAGGCAUUGUUCGGGAAAAUUCCUUGGAAGUCCAUCCAGGAAGACUGGCACGCUUCUAGAGCAGCAGUUUCUGCCGUUAUUCCUAAAGUUUACGAAAAAUUGACGUAG